UUCAGCGCUAGAGAUAGAUAUAUAAGAACAUGUUGAUUUACAUCUUUGAACGAAAAAGAAACCUACUUCAAAGCCAUUCUUUCUCCUACAAUUUGCUGCAAUGAAACACCCCUCAUCAUACAAACGUCUUCUGUUUUUGAUUUUUCUCACAUACUCAACUCACCACACUGCGGCACACUCGUUAACAAUUCCAAGGUUGAGUCCAAAUCCUGAAUGGGAACCAACACUACACGAUCCAAGAGUUGCAAGUGAUGAUGCUGGUGAGGAAGUCAAAACAUUUUACUUCAAACAGAUUCUUGAUCACUUCAACUAUAGGCCAGAAAGCUACACAACAUUUCCACAAAGAUAUCUCAUCAAUUUCAAGUACUGGGGUGGUGCCAAUUCUAGUGCCCCCAUAUUUGUCUACUUUGGUGCUGAAGCAUCAAUAGAUAACUCCCCUAAGAGUAUAGGAACUUUAAUUGAUAACGCUGCUUCAUUUAGUGCCCUCUUGGUAUACAUAGAGCACCGUUAUUAUGGGAAAUCAAUACCAUUUGGAUCAAGGGAUGAAGCAUUGAAGAAUGCAAGCACUAUAGGGUAUUUCAACUCAGCUCAAGCCUUAGCAGAUUAUGCAGCAAUACUCAAACAUGUGAAGAAGACAUUGCACGCCAAAAAUUCCCCGGUGAUCGUAAUUGGAGGAUCAUAUGGUGGAAUGCUUGCUUCAUGGUUUAGGCUCAAAUAUCCCCACUUGGCAAUUGGUGCCUUGGCCUCGUCAGCACCAAUACUCUACUUUGAUAAAAUCACGCCACCAUAUGGUUAUUACUCAGUUGUUAGCAGGGAUUAUAGAGAAGCCAGUGAAACAUGUUAUGAAACUAUACGAAAGUCAUGGUCUGAAAUCCGCAGAGUAGCUUCUCAACCAAAUGGCCUUGUAACUCUCAGCCAGAGAUUCAACACUUGCCAUACAUUAAAGCAGCCUUCUGAAUUGAUGAACUACCUGAGGUCGAUGUAUAGUUAUGCUGCUCAAUAUAAUCAGCCUCCAAAAUAUCCAGUUAGUGUGAUUUGUGGUGGCAUUGAUGGAGCAUCUGAUGGAAGUGAUAUCUUAAGUAAGAUAUUUGCAGGAGUGGUGGCUUACAGGGGAAACACCACAUGCAAAGUUAAUGGCCCAACCAAUGUAUCCGAGACAACUGUGGGAUGGAGAUGGCAGACAUGUAGCGAAAUGUUGAUACCCAUUGGCAUAGGAAACGAUACAAUGUUUGAAGCUGCUCCUUUCAGCAUGAAGAUCUUUGCCCAAUACUGCAAGAAACUAUUUGGUGUCUCACCUCGUCCUCAUUGGAUCACUACUUACUAUGGUGGCCAUAAUAUUAAAUUGGUCCUUCGAAGAUUUGGUAGCAACAUUAUUUUCUCCAAUGGGCUAAGAGACCCAUAUAGUGUUGGCGGGGUUUUGGAAAACAUAUCAGACAACAUUGUUGCCAUCCAUACAGUUAAUGGAUCUCACUGUCUGGAUAUUCUGAGGGCAAAUGAAAGCGAUCCAGGAUGGUUGGUGGAACAACGAAAGAAAGAGAUAAAGAUAAUGAGAAGGUGGAUCACCCACUACUAUGUUGACCUCUAUGCACUCAAUAACAAUACCAAAUUUCACAGCAAAUGAUAAGGGGAAACACAAGUUAAGAAAUACUAGGGCUGUCCUCAAACUUUGGUACACAAUUUUCAAUAAUAACGUCCAUUAGUAAAUUAA